CUGGAUGAGCUAAGCGCCGAGAACCGCAGCCUGUGGGAACACCAGCAGUUGCUGCAAGCUCAGCCUCCGCCCGGGCUCGUUCCUCCGUCCCCAGCCCCGCUGCCCGCUAUCCCAGUCACCGCCGCCACCGCCACUGCUGUCGCCCAGGAACAGCUCCAGAACCACGGACAGGUCCCGCCCACCUCGCCACAGACUGUACCGGAGCAGCCACCGAUUCAGCACCACGGACAGUUCCUGGUGCAUCCCUCACCGGGCCACAGCAGCAGGGCGCAAGCACCCCAGUCGCCCCACCAGCAGACAGGGGCGCCAGGGGCCGUCGCCAACAAGGAGAAGGAGCGUCCCCCGAGUUGUUGCGCUGCCGCUGGAACCCUCCUUCAGCACAAAUCCCCCGCUGCCCUCGGCAAGGGCGUCCUGAGCAGGAGACCUGAGAAUGAGACCGUGCUGCACCAGUUCUGCUGCCCAGCCGCCGAUGCAGAGCAGAAGCCCUCCUGCGCAGACCCGGCCUCCCAAAGUGACGGCUCCUGUGCCCAGGCCAGUGGGGGCAUGGAGGACUCCGUGGUGGCAGCCGGCAGACCCAGUGCCCAUGCCCCGAAGGCUCAAGCCCAGGAGCUGCAGGAGGAGGAGGAGAGGCCAGGGGAGGGGGGUGCCUCCCCAAGGGCUGGCCCCCACCGCAGGGCCUCCCCUGGCCGGCAGCAGCCUGCCCUGGCGACAGCACUCUGCUCCCACGCCCCUGCUGCCUCCGAUUACGAACUCUCCCUUGACCUAAAGAAUAAACAGAUUGAAAUGCUAGAACACAAAUACGGAGGCCACCUGGUAUCCCGGCGCGCCGCUUGCACCAUCCAAACCGCCUUCCGCCAGUACCAGCUCAGCAAGAACUUUGAGAAGAUCCGCAACUCGCUCCUGGAGAGCCGCCUGCCGCGUCGGAUCUCCCUGCGCAAGGUGCGCGCCCCCACCGCGGAGAGCCUGGCGGCCGAGAAGGCACUGAUGGAGGGCUACGGCCUCCUGGGGCUGCCGCUGGUGCGCUCGCCCUCCCUGGCGCCCACCUUCGCGGGCACGCUCACCGAGCUGGAGGACUCCUUCACCGAGCAGGUGCAGUCCCUGGCCAAGUCCAUCGACGACGCCCUCAGCACCUGGAGCCUCAAAACCAUGUGCUCCCUGCAGGAGAGCGGCGCCUACCAGAUCCACCAAGCCCUGCACGCGGGCGCGGGGCAGCCCAGCCGGGAGGUGGAGAUCCGGGAGCAGGAGAGCGCCGGUCCAGGGCCCGAGGAAGAGGCCGCCGAGACCCCGGGUCUGCCCCAGGGCCACAGCAGCACCCUGAUGAUGGCUUUCCGGGACGUCACGGUGCAGAUCGCCAACCAGAACAUCUCCGUCUCCUCCUCCACCUCGCUGUCAGUAGCCAACUGCCAGGGAGACGCGCCCGCCGAGACCACGUGCGCAGAGGCGGGAGUUGGGGAGACCCUGCGCGCCAACUCGCCUGAGGCAGAGGAUGGGGCAGCGGAUGCAAUGGUGGAGGAGGCCCCAGCCGCGCAGGUAGAGGAGAGAGAGGAGGAAGAGACCGGGAAGGUGGGGAAAGGGGCCGGGGCCGAGGCCGAGACGGAGGCCUGUGACAACUCGGAGCAGCUGAGCAGCAGCAGCACAUCCGCCAAGUCUGGCUCGGAAGUCUCGGCGGUGUCGGCCUCCAAGGAGGCCCUGCAGGCCAUGAUCCUGAGCCUGCCGCGCUACCACUGCGAGAACCCAGCCAGCUGCAAGUCACCCACGCUCUCCACUGACACCCUGCGCAAACGCCUUUACCGCAUCGGCCUCAACCUCUUCAACAUAAACCCGGACAAGGGCAUCCAGUUCCUGAUCUCACGUGGCUUCAUCCCUGAUACCCCCAUCGGAGUGGCCCAUUUCCUGCUCCAGCGUAAAGGCCUCAGCCGGCAAAUGAUUGGAGAGUUCCUGGGCAACAACAAGAAGCAGUUCAACCACGAUGUGCUAGACUGCGUGGUGGAUGAGAUGGACUUCUCUGGCAUGGAGCUGGACGAGGCCCUGCGCAAGUUCCAGGCGCACAUCCGCGUGCAGGGGGAGGCCCAGAAAGUGGAGCGGCUGAUAGAGGCCUUCAGCCAACGCUACUGCAUGUGCAACCCCGAGGUGGUGCAGCAAUUCCACAACCCUGACACCAUCUUCAUCCUGGCCUUUGCCAUCAUCCUCCUCAACACCGACAUGUACAGCCCCAACAUUAAGCCUGACCGGAAGAUGAUGCUGGAGGAUUUCAUCCGAAACCUUCGAGGUGUGGAUGAUGGCGCAGACAUCCCCAGGGAGCUGGUGGUGGGCAUCUACGAAAGGAUACAGCAGAAAGAGCUCAAGUCUAAUGAGGACCAUGUCACGUAUGUCACCAAGGUGGAGAAGUCCAUCGUGGGCAUGAAGACAGUGCUGUCAGUGCCCCAUCGCCGCCUGGUCUGCUGCAGCCGGCUCUUUGAGGUGACAGAUGUGAACAAGCUGCAGAAGCAGGCCGCACAUCAGAGGGAGGUGUUCCUCUUCAAUGACCUGCUGGUGGUCCUCAAGCUCUGCCCAAAGAAGAAGAGCUCCUCCACAUACACCUUCUGCCGGUCGGUGGGCCUGCUGGGCAUGCAGUUCCACCUCUUUGAGAAUGAGUAUUACUCUCAUGGCAUCACCCUGGCGACCCCGCUCUCAGGCUCUGAGAAGAAGCAGGUGCUGCAUUUCUGUGCCCUGGGCUCAGACGAGAUGCAGAAGUUUGUGGAGGACCUGAAGGAGUCCAUUGCGGAGGUGACGGAACUGGAGCAGAUCCGGAGAGAGUGGGAGCUGGAGAAGCAGCAGGGAGCAAAAACACGCUCCUUCAAGUCUGGAGGAGCCCAGGUGGAUCCGCAGUUGAAGCAGGGAUCGCCUACAGCCAAAAGGGAAGCUGCGCUGGGCGAGAGGCCUUCGGAGAGCACGGUGGAGGUGUCAAUUCACAACAGGCUUCAAACGUCCCAACACAACUCCGGGCUGGGGGCCCAGAGGAGAGCUGCGGUGCCACCGCCAGACCCGCAGCCUAGCCCCUUGAGAGAGCAGCCCCCACCGUUGCCGCCAUCACCACCCACGCCCCCAGGGACCCUGGUGCAGUGUCAGCAAAUUGUCAAGGUCAUUGUCCUGGACAAGCCCUGCUUGGCCCGCAUGGAGCCCCUGCUAAGCCAGGCUCUCUCCAGCUACGCCUCUUCCUCCUCUGACUCCUGCGGCUCCCCCCGCCCCCCUACAACCACCCUCACCAGUACUGCCCACCAGGCUCCUUGCUGCACCGGCGCCGCUACUCCAGUGGCUCCAGGAGCCUGGUGUAGACUGUUUCCCAGACUGCUGCCCCAGGGGGCUGCCACCAGGGUCCCUGGGUUGUACCCUGGAGCCCCGGCCGCCCCUUCACUGCUCCCCACACCCUGGCACGCUGUGUUCCUGGUCACCAUCACCAUUGUUUUGGAAAAGAACCUCGAUCCCUGGCACCUGGGUUUGCCUCACCUGACAUGCAUCCCAUACUCAGCUGAACACCACCCCCCUCCCCCCCUCAAUCUGGAGACUCCACCACACUCCCCUGGGCCCUGCAUGGCUGCAUGGCCAGGCCUCCUCCUCCUGCCACCACUCACCACGUGGACCAUGGACUUCGGAGGAUAAGAACUGAGGGCCUACCCAGCUUCUGGGUCCUGAGUCUGAGUCUGUUGGGUACUAGGCUGCAGGCUGGAAGGGGGGUACAAGGGGAGCCAGCACCCAGCACCGGGCAGCAAGUGGCCUGGCUCCCCGCUCAGCUCUAGGUGCCGCACUGAGUGGAGGAGAGUUGGCCCUGGAUCCCUGAAGGGACCAGGGAAGUGGGAGUGUGAGAAGGGGUCUUUUUCUGCUGCACCUGCCGCCCCCCACAACUGGCAGACGCAGGAGGUCUGGCUGUCCCCAAGGAUGUUGGUUGUCCUGAUUAGGUCCUCCCCCUCGUCCCAGGGCCUGCCCUUCCUCUGGAGCUGGGCACUGCCUGCCCAGGGCUGCGCAGACUCCAGGAAAGCUUUGAGAGAGGGAGGGAGGAGGGGGACCCGUCUCACCUCUCUCUAGGUCAAUUCAACCGGCUGUGGAACCGUGAGGUCAUUCAUCUAAAAUGAAUCUUUUUAGGGUUUUAGUUCUCCAGCCCCAAAUAACACCCGGCCAACGCGAAUGUGCACCGGGGCCUGAAUAAGGGGGCCUGGGAGUAGAGUGGUUAGUUCCCUCCCCUGUGGCAUUGGAGACAGGGAGGAGGGGCAAUGGUUUGCCCAGGGGCAAAUGCAGCCAGAGGAGAUGGUUGGAGAGGACGGCUCCCUCUUGCAUGGUUUCCGUGGCCUCACGAGGGAUUUGGAUGCAGAAGUGGGCGGGAGAAGCAGGUGCUCCACAGGCACGUGCCUUCCCCCUGCUGCCAUCCCAAACUUGCCCCUCAGCCUUUAAAUCUCCCGCCUCUCCACCUCCCCCAAGAAGUGGCCCACCUCCUGCAGGGGGCACUAAGAGUCCCUGUCCCCUCAACAUUGCAAAGAGCGCAAAGUGGGUCUCACCAACCCCCUCCGGGCCAAAUAGCACUGGGGAGUCAACCUUUAGGUGACCCCACAGGGCCUGGGCAGCCCCCUCAAAGACCUCAGAAGAUACCCGGGCCCCAGUCAUGCCCUUUCAGGAGGUGUUUGUCUAAGCCAGGCCAGGUUCCAAUCCUGGGCCGUCAUUCCAUUGCUGUCCUUCAUCGAGCUCCCCUCCUACUUAGAGCCCAUUAUCAAAGUGUCCCCAGAGGUGGAAGUGAACGUGGGCCAGUCUAAAGUGAAUGUGCUUCUCCCUGACCCUACCUCACACCCCAAAUGCAGUGCCCUGGGCCAGCUAGGAGACCCUGAUCCUUAUCCUGCGCUCAGAGCUUCCAGAUGACCUGGUUUCAUUUGUAUGUGUGUGGUCACCAAACGUCAUUAUGGCGUCACCCAGCAAGUUUAUUUCUAGCCCUGUCUUUGUCAUCCUGGGAUCCGUAACUUGUGACCAAUUUGCUGUCUCCUCCGUGUGGCUCCCCAGCCAAGCUGCUUUUGUCCUUAUUGUCUUGGUCCCUCUCUUGUGUCUCUACUGUAACAAGGACAUGCCAAUAAGAGGCUUUCAGAACAGAGUGGCUGACAGAUAGAGCCACAAACUACAUUUCUGAUGCCCGUGGCCAAGGCAGGGAUCGCCCAUAGAGUGCGAGCGGGAAGAGGAGCAGAGUUGGGGUGGGAGUGAAUGAAUCUUGAAUAAGGGGGCCUGGAAAUAGAGUGGAAGUUAAUGGGUGGGCAGCGGGGAGUAUGAGUUAUGAAGGAAGGGGUGGUGGGUUGAGGUGGCCAAACCUGAUUAUGGGAUGGGGACCAUGAAUGCCAGGGGCUGGUGAGGAAGCAGCAGCCCCUACCAUCAGGCCCCUUGUCACCGCCCACAUAGUGCUUCUCAUUGAAAAGUGCUCUCCUCCCUGCCGGUGGGCGUGGCAGCCCUGGCCCCUUCCUCCCACCUCUGCUGCAGCCCUGACUGCAAACAGAAUCUCAGAGGUCUUGGGGAUGGAGCACACAGAGCCUUCCCUGAGGACCCGGAUGCUCGGGGACUGGGGCUUGCCCCCGGGCACUGCGGUGGCUUCCCUGGGACCCUGGCAGCACUGGGAGUCCCAGCCCGGGAAGCAGACCAGCCUGGGCUCUGCAGCACAAGAGCCAAGCCUGAGCUGUGAGGCUUUUCAUCCCAGUAGCCUGGGCAAGGGACAGUUGGCCCUCCUCCUGUUAGGGAAGCAACAGUUCCCAGUGUCUGCAUCCUCCCGCCCCUCUCCUGCCAGCAGGCUAAGGCUGGGACCCCCUCAUCCCCGCCCCCAGAGCCUAGCCCUAGAAACCUUGGACAAGCCUCCUGCCCUUGCAGAGGCCCUGCUGGAGAUGCUCAUGGGGCCCCCUGCUCUCCCAAGGCUGAGGGCACUGGAGUGCUGACUGAGCCCCGGACACAACCCCAACAUGGCCCCACUCUAUCAACUCUCUAGGCCUUACUUUGGGGGACCUGAGCCCCUUUCUCAAUUUUAUCCAUUUGGCUCCAGCUCCAGAAUCAGGAGUGGAGAUGAGAUGAGCUUUCCCACCCACUCUUGGGUAAGUCCCAUCUCCAAACCUGGAGCGAGACCUGCCCGGGCAGCUUGAGCUGGAAGCCUGCCUGCUUGUGUCCAAAGGCACACAUGUCUAUCAGCCCGGGCCCUUGACCCCACCCCACCCCACCUAUCCCCUGUAGCCUGCCAGAACGUCUCUUGUACCCGAUAGCUGCUCUGAUAACCACCUGUCUGUCUGCCCUGUGUUCUGCUGUGCGUACCUUCCUGCUGCACCCCCUCCCCGCAGGCACCCCUCACCCUGUUGGAGAGAAACCUCUCUAGGGAAGGCAGGGUGGCUGCACCCAGCGACUAAUCCAAAUGGCAAAUAUUUUGUAACAAAAUAGCCCAGAGGUAUUUUAUCUGUUCAAUUCAUAGAGUUUUAGAGAUUAUAUUGAAAUAUGUCACUUGAGCAAA